AUGGCCACAAACAUCUCCAACGAUCUGGUCUGGCAGAUCACUCGCAACCAGAACUCUUUCCUGGUCAACCGCAACACCGGUGGUGGCUCCCAGUUCUCCCGCGACCCCCUGAAUGUGCUCAACAAGCACUCCUACAAGUAUGCCGGUUAUGCCAACAACAAGGCCAUCGGUGUUCAGGGUACUGAGAACGGUGUCGCUGUGACCACCAAGAACCCCAACACUGUCCAGCAGCCCGCCAAGACUUUCGUUACUGUCAACUACGGUCCCAGCACCUCCACCCGCAAGAUCUACAAGGGUGUUGCCGACAAGACCGCCAAGCACGGCUACCGCGCUGACAUCCGCGAGGAGGCCGUUGCCCGCGUCAGCGCUGUCCGCCGCUCCCAGGUCCCCAAGAAGGAUGCUCCCGCCCAGAAGCUCCGUGGCUCCAAGGCCCGCAAGGCCGCCGAGGCUUCCGAGUAA